AGGGGAGGAGGGGGCGAGACCCAAGGCGGAGGCCGUCUGAACUGGGGCUGCACAGGAGCUGUUGUUUUCCCUUCCCCGAGACCCCUCCGGAGCCAACAUGCUGGACCAGGUGGCCCUGCUGGCCACAGUGACCAUUGUGGGAGUCGUCCUGCAAGCCUACUUCUCCCUGCAGGUGAUCGCUGCCCGGAGGAAGUUCAAAGUGUCUCCCCCCAGCACUACUGGUCCCCUGGAGUUUGAGAGGGUCUUCAGAGCCCAGGUGAACUGCUCUGAGUACUUCCCCAUCUUCAUGGCUGUGCUCUGGGUCUCCGGGAUCUUCUUCCAUCAAGGCACGGCGGCUGCCUGCGGCCUGGUCUACCUGUACUCCCGCUACCUCUACUUCAAAGGCUAUGCGCUGUCAGCUCAGGGCAGGCUGGGGCCCCUGUACAUGGGCGCUCGCGUGCUCUGGCUCCUCACCGCGCUGUCGGCCGUCGGCCUGCUCGUCCACUUCCUCCCCGCCGCGCUCACGGCCCGAGUCCUGGGGAGACUGAAGCAGCUCGUCCACCAAGCCUGACCCGCUCCGCCUCCGCCCCGCCCCCGGCGCC